AUGGUGGCCAUGGGGAAGCAGUGCAUGAUUUCUUCUACUGCCAGUAUGUUCUCAUCUUUAUGGAGAAAAAGACAGAAUUUAAGUCUUACAUGUUAUGGCAAUGAAGAGCCAAGCUCAUCCUUCAAUAACCACAGAGCCACCAGUGAGGACUACAAACUCUUGGAAAACAUGAAUAAGCUGACUAGCUUGAAGUACCUAGAAAUGAAAGAUAUUGCUAUAAACAUCAGUAGAAAUCUUAAGGAUUUGAAUCAAAAAUAUGCUGAUCUGCAGCCAUAUCUGGAACAAAUAAACCUAAUUGAGGAGCAGGUUGCAGCUCUGGAGCAGGCAGCGUAUAAAUUGGAUGCGUAUUCCAAAAAACUUGAAGCCAAGUACAAAAAACUGGAGAAACGAUGAAGUUAAACAGUCUUAAUGUUGGAGUUGGGCAAUGAAUCAAACUGUUUUCAGGUUUUGCACAACAGCAGUUCUGUAUGUUGCCAAGGAUUUGGUUGCAGCUAGCAUCAAGACUGGGAACUUCUUCUAGCUAUUGAAUACAGUAGGCUGUAUUCAGGCUUAAGGCUGAAUAAUAUUUUCCUCUUCUCAGGAGGUUCUGUUGCUCCGUUGUUUUGCAGUGACAAGUAGAAGCCUGUCCCUUACCUAUGCUGAUAUUGGCUAUGUGUGUGUUAGUCCUGUUUUUCACAUGAAAUAUUCUGUCUAAGAAAAUUCCUCUGUAACCUAUAAAAGACAUUUUCCCUCAAUAGCAGUAGGACCAAAACUUCACUUUCUCCUUCAUUGUGCUCUGUGUUGAGAAGAUACUUGGGCCUUUGGACUUAUGAGAGGGGUAUUGAAACCCCUUAAUUUUGGUAUCCCCCAUUAUCUGUUUGACAUAGGGAGACUAAUUACUAUAAAUUUACAAUAAAACAACUUGCUGCAUUUGUUUCUCUGGAA